GUCACUGUGUCGUUUCUGGCUGCUGGUAGAGCGGCGAAGUGUCCUUUAUACGCCUCAUAUCGUGUUCUUACUGGCGACAGAGCUUGCGUGGCUGGACCAUACCCUCAGGACUUUAUCCAGAACGGCUCUUUCGCUGUGGAUCACUUCUCUUCUGUUGGUGCCAAGGUCGCUAAGGAUUUUAUAUGUUCAUUAAUCCAGCCCAGGAGGCUGACAAAGGUAAUGUUAUGGGAAGGGAGCUUUGAGAUCUCGACCUCCUUGUACUGGACUCCCGAACUUCCCACUACAUUUGAAAAUAUGCAUGGAUACGCU